AUGCGUCGUCAUGGCAGGUCCAGUGGCGGCUCGACCAAGGCCGCCUCGCCCUUGUCUGACAACGUAUCUCUCAUUCGAUCUUUCGACUCAGUUCUCAACCCAAACCGACCCACGCGCCCUUCGCCCUUAGCUUCCUCCCACAUCCAAGCUCUCCCGCUCGAAUUGAUCGAUCGAUUGCGGUCUUUCCCCUUGUUCCAGGCCACUCCAGAGUCCUUCCUGUUCGAAGUGGGACAGCAUCUGCGCCCGCAACUCCACGCGCCCAACGACUACAUUCUGACCGAAGGCGAUGAGGCCAAAGCAAUAUACUGGUUGGUGCGGGGUGCGGUUUCGGUCACAUCCCGGGAUGGGGAGAGUAUAUACGCCGAGCUCCAACCAGGUGCUUUCUUCGGCGAGAUUGGACUCCUCAUGGAUCGUCCGCGCACGGCAACCAUUAUCGCCCGGACGAGAUGCAUGCUGGUCGUGCUGACCAAGGACGAUUUCCGGAAUAUAUUGCCCCGUUUUCCAGAAGUGGAACAAGCCAUCCGGGAGGAAGCGCAGGAGCGAUUGAUGAUUUUGGAAAAGAAAAAGAAAGAAACGUCUGCACCUGCGCUCGAUCCGCCAAGUCCCGGAAGAAGAGGCUCUAAAAGAUUACGUGAAAGCUUUUCCAAAGAUUUAGCCGUUGUGGAAGAUGACGAGGAUCUAAGUACCAAGUCGGUAUAUAAGAAAAGGAAAUCACCAAGCCCCGGUCGGCGGGAUGGCUCCAGUGCAUUGGCAAAUGGAUUAGUGAAUGUUCGUCUCUUACUCAAAGAGCUGCCACUUUUCUCUGGCCUACCUGCCGAUAUUCUUCACUUCCUCGGCCUCAAUGCCCAACCGCGGUCAUUCCCUCCGUUCACCGACAUUAUCCAACAAGACUCCCAGGGCCGCGAACUCUAUUUUAUUGUUCGCGGCGAGGUGGAAGUGCUUACAGAGAAAUCAGAUACGAUUCCCCCGGCCUCCAGUAAUCAUCCAAACGGAGUAGGAAGGCCGGGAAUAGAAGUGAAAGCUCGACUUAGGCAGGGCCAGUACUUUGGCGAGGUUGUCAGUCUUGCUCUCGCACCCCGACGGACAGCUACAGUCCGAUCUGUAACGUCCGUCGAAUGUUUGAUGCUGGGCGGAGACGUUCUGGCUGAAUUUUGGGAGAAAUGCCCCAGUGGCGUGCGCGACCAGGUCGAACGCACUGCCCAGGAAAGACUUCAGGCAGCCGCCGAUGGCGAUGUGGUUAUGUCUGAUGAGGCAGAUGCACAGCCCUCUAUGGGAAAUCUUGCCCUUGAUGACAGAGUAAAGAUCACGUCGUCACGGCGGCGUUCAAUGCCGCUCCUGACACUCACUGAAACCGAACUUGACGGGCCACAUCAGUCAUCUCCUGUUGAGGAUCAGGAUCAGGCCGUGCUGCGACCAUCUGAUCCUGAUCCAUAUCUUAGUCUGGGUCUAGACAAAGUUCGGUUGAGAAGUCGACGUGGUUCGGUGGCACCACUGGCCCCCGAGGAGGUGUCGGGGGAAAGCCAGCGGUCAUCUCCCACCGAGCCACGCUCUGCGAGCUCCUCGACCAUAGCCCUUCCGGAGACCGCCGGCCUUUCGAGGCCACAUCAAAUUGGUCGGCCCCGCGUCGACGGGGCCAAUGGUGUUCUUCCGGACAGUAUCUUGAUCAACAUUUUCCGAAAUCUGGAAUUACAUCACCUUCUUCGGCUCAGGGCUGUGUCGUCCCACUGGUCCGAGCUUUUAACCCAAUCUGCAGGCGUGGCACAUAACUUAGACUUGAGUGUUUACAACCGCAGAGUCACAGACGAUGUUCUGACCAAGAUCAUCUGCCCAUUUGUCGGCAGCCGAGCCCGGUCUGUCAAUGUCAAUAAUUGCUUCCAUAUCACAGAUGAGGGCUUCACGGCGUUGGCCUCCGCCUGUGCACAAAACACUAUUGUUUGGAAAAUGAAGAGUGCGUGGGAUGUGACAGCCUCGGCCAUCCUUGACAUGUCCAGCAAGGCCACCAAUAUCCAGGAAAUGGAUCUGAGCAAUUGUCGCAAGGUCGGUGACACACUCUUGGCCCGAAUUGUGGGCUGGGUCGUGCCUGCCGACCAGAAAGAGAACAAAUCAUCCAUCAAGCCUACUAUCCAGACCCCAGAGUGCACGGUGUAUGGUUGUCCCAAGUUGAAGAAACUCACUCUCUCGUAUUGCAAACACGUCACCGAUCGAUCUAUGCAUCACAUUGCAUCCCACGCUGCUGGUCGGAUUGAGGAAAUGGAUCUGACGCGUUGCACCACGAUCACCGACCAAGGGUUCAAAUAUUGGGGAAACGCUCAAUUUACCAACCUUCGCAAACUCUGCUUGGCGGAUUGUACUUAUCUGACGGAUAACGCCAUUGUGCACCUAACCAAUGCUGCCAAGAACCUAGAGGAAUUAGAUCUGACAUUCUGCUGUGCGUUAUCAGAUACAGCAACUGAGGUUCUUGCCCUGCAAUGCUCCAAGUUGAAGUAUCUCAACAUGGCAUUCUGUGGCUCUGCAAUCUCCGAUCCCUCCUUGAGGAGUAUCGGUCUGCACCUUCUUUCACUCGAACAUUUGUCCGUACGUGGCUGUGUACGAGUCACUGGCACUGGUGUUGAAGCUGUGGCAGAGGGAUGCCAUCAGCUUAGGAUCUUUGAUGUCAGCCAAUGCAAGAAUCUUGGCCCUUGGCUUGAGGACGGAGGUGCGAUUCGGUAUCAGCCCAGAGUUGAGUUCAAAACAGUCGCUCCUAAUAAGACUCGUCGAUGA